UGGAGCAGAUUAUAUAAAGAGCAUCUCUGUCACCUCAACUUCAAUAUUGGAAGAGAUAAGUUUUAGCGCGCGAUAGUUUUCGUUCACUUUCAAGUUAUUCAGUUAUCAUCCAUUAUUUUCUAAGCCUUGUUAUUUUUCGGUCAUGCGAGCUAUGCUCUCAGCGUUUUGUGUGGCGGGAGUUCUCGCCACUGUUGUGUCCAGUAGUCCUUUAUCCAGAGAAAAAAGGUACGCUGGAGCCUUCUCUUCUGCUGGCUUCCCUUUCGGAGUUGGAGGAAUGGCAUACGCCGGUCCUAGAAUGGGCUCUUUCGGGGGUUUUGGAAACAACAACCCAACUGGUGCGCAAGUGUUCAAUCCUUUCGACAUGUUCCGGCAAGAUGGUUUUUUCAAUCUAAUGCCCAUGCCAUUCGUAGUGCCUGUGCCAAUACCAUCGUUUCCAGUUUUUAAGAAUUGGUACGAAGGAGAAAACGUAUGCAAGGAAGAAAAGAUUCUGAAUACUCAGAUGCCAGAUGAUGUCAUCCCAGAUGAUUGGAAGGACGACAUGCCGAAUAUAAACACUGAUUUCAGUCAUGAACAAGAAACCUGCAAAGGAACCGACAAGAAAUAUGUCUGUGUGAAAAGAGUAAUGGGCAAUAACGGAGAAGCACAGAUAAAAGCCACCAAAUAUGAAUGUUGUCACGGAUUUGUUCGAGACCCUACUGGCAAUCCUGGUUGCAUCGAAAUCGAUUUGAAAAAUUUACUUCCUACUCUCAGAAACAUGGGAGCAUUGAAGUUGGUAAGCUUGGUGGAAAAAGCGGGGAUGGUAGAGUCUCUGCACUCCUUCAACUACACCAUACUUUGUCCAGAGAACGAAGCUUUAGAAAGUAUUGUUGAUGAGGACAGUCCAGCUGAAAAUGAGAUUGGAAUUAAAUUUGAACGCCAUCGAAUGAAGAAAAAAAGAAUGUUCCACAAUCUGCUAACAAACCACUUAAUUCCUGGAUUUUACAAAAUAGACGAUUUCAGUGAUGGUCAAGUCCUAACGGCUGAAAACCCCAAUUCAAAGAUAAGAAUCAAUAUUUAUUAUACUCCAGAAAAGAUAGUGACUGCAAAUUGUGUCCCCAUUCUCUCUGGUGACUACUUCGCAAGGAAUGGCAUCAUCCACACUAUUGAGAAAGUGCUACCUGUUCCCACUCGGACCGUCGCAGACAUCAUAGCCGGCGAUGUGCAGUUUUCGGUUUUAAAACGGAUGCUAAGUCGAGCCGGAUUGGUUCAGGCGCUGAGAAAUCCUAACAAAACUUUUACGAUUUUCGCCCCCACUGAUUCAGCUUUUUCUCAUCCAUACUUGGAACGAGAAACGAAUGCAAACGAAAAAUGCACAGUUAGUGUUAUGAAGCAUCAUAUCAUAGAUCACACGAUUUGUUCCUCUGCUAUUCCUCAGUUUGCCAAAAGUCUGAACAUGAUUGGAGAAUUGCUGAGUCUUUCAAGAGACGAAUAUAAUAAACUCUACGUGGAUGAUGUCCAAAUUGUCGUCAAAGAUUUGGUGGCGACGAAUGGUGUUGUGCAUAUCAUAGAUGGAGUUCUGUCUACGAGACAAGCUAAGAGUGCAAGCGAAGUAUUAGAAGAAUACGGCUUAAAUGAAUUUCUUUCCUUGCUGGAGGCAGCGAAUUUGAAAAAAUUGUAUGACUCUUUUGAAAAUGUUACAUUCUUCAUUCCUUCCAACGAAGCAAUUAGGGCCGUACCAGAAGGACUUCUAGAAUCAUUGAUGAGCAACAUCAAUUCUUUGUUUUCUGUUUUGCUAUAUCACGUGGGGGAAGGAACAGCUCAGAUUAAAAUGCCAGAACAAAUCUUCAGUUCAAAAUUGCAGAACACAUCCAUUAAAGUACAAGUCCAUUCUUCUUUCCCUCAUGCUGCUCCUCAAGUAUUAGUUCAGUGUGCUUUAGUUUUGAGUCCUGGGAAUAAAAUGUGUGGUGGUAAUCUUCAUGUAAUUAACAAAUUGCUUCUCCCUCCUAAAUUAUCCAUCGUGGAAGUCCUCGAAACUCUAGAAGAGUUUUCGACCCUCGUUCUUUUGUUGAGAGCAACUGGUUUGGAGAGACGGUUGAAGAACCCUGAUAGCCAGCAUACCUUAUUAGCUCCCACCGACGAUGCCUUCCACCAGAUGGGCCAAGAAACUCUCUUCAGGAUUCUGGAAGAUUUAGAACUGGCCACUGAUCUGGUCAGGAUGCACAUAUUAUCCGGUUCUGCCUGUUGCUCUCAACUUAAAGGAGACCUGCUUGCUGGCCGCCAGCAAAUAAGGGCUGUGGAUGGAUCGCUGCUUAAACUGGAUCACCACAGGGCUGGUGUGAUGAGAAUAGGUGGCGCUCACAUCGUCGACUGUGACAUCAUGGCUUCCAAUGGAGUUAUCCACAUGGUGGACGCCAUUGUUCGUCAAGAAGACUUGGUCAUGAGAACUGGAGGACAUCAUGACAGUUUUCUAAUUAGGUUAUGAAACUAGCCAAGAAUACUAAAUAUCUACUCGAUAGUUCGUUCGCAUGUCAGUUAUGAAUUUUUUUACGUAUAAUAACUGCAUAUGUGUGAAUGAAGAAAUCCAAAAUACCUCAGAAAGACUGAAAGACUUUUACAUUGAAGAAAAAAGAAACUAAAUAAACAAACAUUACAUGUAUAAAUAUCUUGAAAUCUUAUUUAUGG